AUGUGUCCAGGGUCUGCCCUGAGGGUCUUAACAUUGGCUGUGCUUGUCAGCGCAUGUUUUUCUGUGUCUAAUCGAUGUCUGCCUGGAGACUCGAGUUGCUUUCCCACCAAUAUUGAGUUGAUAAAAUUCUUGGAAAAUCUAGAAGGGAAUCUGUAUUUUCCACAUCAACCAGAAUACGACAAACUUGUAGUGCAAAGAGAGACUAUAUACACGAAAUUCCCGUUCGCCAUAGCCGAAGUGAAAAAUGCCGCUGAUGUUCAAAAGUGCGUUCUCUUCGCUCGCAAAUACAACUUACUGGUUUCCGUCAAAACUUCCGGACACGAUUUUCUUGGCCGAUCCACUGCACAUGGAAGUUUAAUGAUUUAUCUUGGGAGUAUGAAUGCAACCAAAGUCAGUAUGUCUUCUACGAGAAAUCCCGCCGGUGAGAUCAAGUGUGAAAGCGGAAACACGUGGUUGAAAGUUUACGAAGAGGUUAAUAAGUACAAUAGGGUGAUUAUUGGCGGAAGCGCUCAUACAGUCAGUAUGGCUGGUUACACUCUGGGUGGCGGCCAUAGUCCAAUGUCCCGGAUGUUCGGUAUGGCGGUAGACAACUUGCUAGAAUUAGAACUUGUCACAGCAAACGGCGAAAUCAUAUUGGCCAAUGACCAUAUGACCCAGACCACACACCUGAAUGGUAGCGUCUCUACGUCCGACAAUACGGAAAUUUUCUGGGCGUCAAAAGGGGGUGGAGGAGGAACAUUUGGUAUUGCGACCAAAUUCACCUACAAAUUGCACUAUACCGCCCCUCAGGUGGUGCAAUUUGUGUGUGGAUAUCCCUUAAUUCGCGCAAAUGGACAGCACAUCGGAUUUACCGUUUUACAAAAAGUAUUUUCCGUGAUCAAAAAUAUGCCAAAAGAAUGGGGAGGGUACGUGCUAGCCAGUGGAGUCCCAGCGGACAGUGGAAAAUGGGGAAACGUUAUAGUAUCUUUCAACCACUAUGGAUCUUAUGCUUCGACCACACGGGCAUAUAUGGACCAGUUGGCUAAUUUUCACAAAGAAUGGCAAAAUUUUUGCUUUUAUGUUAACCGUACAACUUUCCUUGAUUAUGAAGUCACAGCCAAAGACCCUUUGUAUUACGCAGGUUACAUAAUGAACACUCUUUUACAAAGUGAAAGUUUUGACGACAGUUUGGUAAGGUUUCUUGUAAAUGAACUUGAAACCGAGCAUACAAAUGUAAGUGCAUUCUCCUUCACCGGAACUCUCCUCGGAGGUGAAAUGAUGAAAGUUGGGGCACACGACACCUCAGUUCAUCCUGGAUUUAGAACAGCAUUGAUGUCGCUGUCUGCCUCGAUCGGUUGGGAUACAGGGAUGUUAGAUUAUGACGGUCUUCCACAAAGAGGUGCCGUAGUCGGCGAACAGUUGAGCGCAUUUGGUGACGGUCAAUAUCCAAAUGAAGCAGGGAUGGACGUCGUUCAUUGGCAACAAGAAUUCUGGGGCAGUAAUUACAAGCGUCUUUUGGACAUUAAACAUAAGUGGGAUCCAGACAACUUUUUCACAUGCAGAGAGUGUGUAGGAUCUGAAACCACCCACGGCCAUUCCGGUCAUCAUAGUCAUAUUGCUCUUGACCCUGUCCUUGGAUAA